GUCUAGGUUUGCAGUUCACACGUGACGGUGGAAGGAGUCGGACGUCUCUCGAACGCCCGCUCGCGCCACUAGGCUCUUCACACCAAUUGGAUAUACACGAAGCUAAAAAUUCUCUAAUCAACUUCCGUGAUACUGGAGGCCUGUUUGGAAUUUCGGAAAGGUGAAAAUUGGAACCUCGCCUCCCAACAUAAAAGGAAUAAUCGCUGGGAAUUUUUUUCACUGUGACCUGCGUUGUAUUGAAUUUCACUGUGACCUGCGUUGAAGGUCAGUGCUCUGGGUGAAAUUAAGUCCAGUGGAAACGGUGAAAUGUGUUCUACUACCCCCAUUUUAAGAAUUAUGCUCUGAUGUAUGACCUUAUGGAAACCUGCCUACACAUCUCCGUGGAUCACAUGACAUCUCGCGAGCCUUAAUAAAUAAAUACAAAUUUAAAAAGGCUGAGGUGCAUAACACGCUGUCUCAAAAAAGUUCCCUUCUGGAGUUUUUUUUAAUUUAACGAAAGCUGUCGGGAAAAAGGGAACUUAAAUCAGAUAUGAUUGAAGUGACAGCCAAAGGUCCCCCAGGAGCGUGAAGUGAAGUGAUCGCUCGAAGUGAAGUGUGCGAGUGAGAGCUAAACAAGAAGAGUGAAGUGCAUGCCAGCCACACGCAUUUCAGGAAAUCAAAGCUUUUACGGAACCAAAGAAAUAGAUUAUUGUGGCCGCGACGACACGUGCCCACGCCCCACCACUUGAGGGAGAGCGUAGUGCGCCCGAGUGGUGUGCAGUUGAGUGCAUGAGUGCUUCACCUAUCGUAGAGGAAGUAGAUAUUAGUGGUUCAGGUGCCUAUAUAUCUUCCAAGAUCGUGGAGUCGAGCUUGAGAAAGUUAUUGGGGCGCGCGACAGGCCGUACCCCCCCCGGGCGCGACCUGGCCCCGAUCAACACGGCAGACGCACGCAAGGUGUGCCGAGUGUGGGGAGGCGGCACGGGGUCGGGGGUGUGCUGGGCCGCCUCAGCCGCCACGGUGGAGUCGCGCGGUGGGAGCUCCGGCGGCGUGUCGGGGGCUCUGCCGCCUCAGCCCCACUCCAAUAACAACCCGCCCCCGCCGCCCCAACCGCAGCCUCCGCCGCAGCCUCCACAGCAGCCACACCAGCAGCCGCCGCACCAACAGCCUCACCAAGCACCGCCACAGCAGCAGCAGCAACAACAGCAGCAGCAGCAGCAACAGCAACAACAGCAGCACCCUCAGCCCGCCAUCGCCGCGCCCGCCCUUCCGACUGCCAACAACGCUCAGCAACAGCACGCGCAGCCACAGCCUCAGCCCGCGCCCAACGCGGCCAACGCCCACGCCCCCCACCUCCAGCAGCAGCACCAGCAGCAGCAACAGCAGGCGGCGGCAGCUGUCGUCGUAGCAGCCGCAGCAGGCGCGCCACAGCCCCACCAGGGUCCUCCUCCUCUCGCUGCGGCGGCGGCGGCUCCAGCGCACGUAGCAGUGCCGCACGCGGGCGUGCAGCAGCACCCAGCCGUGCCUCACCAAGCCCACACGCCCCCCGCGCACCAUCCCGCGCUGGCACGUGGUAACCUGGUCCGUGAUCGUGUUGCAGUCGGCCACGCCCACUCGGUUCACGGCGGAGGCGGACACGUGUCCUCGGGGGGCGUGAGCAUGUCGGUGUCACGGGUGCCGUCUCCGCUGCCGCCGGAGAACAACAUGCCCGUCGCCGAGAACUGGUGCUACACUCAGGUUAAAGUUAUAAAGUUCAGUUAUAUGUGGACGAUCAACAACUUUAGUUUCUGCAGGGAAGAGAUGGGAGAGGUACUCAAAUCCUCGACUUUCUCCGCGGGUGCCAAUGAUAAGCUAAAAUGGUGUUUACGUGUAAACCCAAAGGGCCUGGACGAAGAGAGCAAGGACUACCUCUCUCUUUACCUGCUCCUUGUGUCUUCAAACAAAUCAGAAGUUCGGGCGAAGUUCAAGUUCUCAAUUCUUAAUGCCAAAAGAGAAGAAACUAAAGCUAUGGAGAGUCAACGAGCAUAUAGAUUUGUCCAAGGAAAAGACUGGGGCUUCAAAAAAUUCAUAAGGAGAGAUUUCUUAUUAGACGAAGCAAACGGCUUACUACCGGACGACAAACUUACUUUGUACUGUGAGAUCCAAUGUGCGCAGGUCUCGGUGGUGGCAGACAGCGUUAAUAUCUCGGGCCAGAGCAACGCCAUCCACUUCAAGGUUCCUGACUGCCGACUCUCCGACGACCUGGGGAUUCUGUUCGAGUCUCAGCGGUUCUCGGACGUAACGCUCUCGGUCUCCGGCAGGGAGUUCCAGGCACACAAGGCGAUACUUGCUGCUCGCUCGCCAGUGUUCGCAGCAAUGUUCGCUCACGAGAUGGAGGAGAGAAAACACAACAGAGUAGAAAUUCAAGAUGUGGACCAUGAGGUGUUACGCGAGAUGCUGCGCUUCAUUUACACAGGAAAAGCUACCAAUUUAGAGAAAAUGGCUGAUGAUCUCUUGGCUGCAGCAGAUAAGUAUGCAUUGGAGCGACUUAAAGUGAUGUGCGAGGAAGCAUUAUGUACCAACUUAAGUAUAGAAAAUGCUGCUGAUGUCCUCAUUCUUGCUGAUCUCCAUUCUGCUGAUCAACUGAAGGCUCAAGCGAUCGAAUUUAUCAAUACGCAUGCAACAGAUGUCAUGGAGACACAAGGUUGGAAAUCCAUGAUUCAGUCUCAUCCACAUUUGAUUGCCGAAGCCUUUCGAGCAUUGGCUACUCAGCAGAUCCCACCCAUUGGACCUCCACGCAAAAGGAUUAAAGCCAGUCCCUGAACCCGGUUGGCCAGUCUGCCAGCUUCACUUACGCUGGCCAGGCCAUCACCCCCAACACCCCUGGCCUCCCCACCUGGUCACCCCCUCACACUCGGCCUAACUCAGUGGGUUCUUUUACCAUACUAUUCAGGACAGCGGAGAGAAUGCAAUUUGGAAAGAAGUAUGGAGGAUUGGAGGGCAUCUGUAGGCCAUCCUACAGUGGAGAGUGACCAAGGCCAUAAGAAGCCAGUGUGUGGUAGUGGGACCUGGCAGGGGAUAGGGACCAGGCCUCUCAUCCCACCAGUCAACAGAGUACAAUCAGGGGACGACAAGUCCCUGCCCACUCAGGUUGGUAGGGCUGCAGUCCCUUCCUCUACUGCGCCCAACUCCUUCUGCCCCGUGACAAGUCCACCAAAUGAUCUCAGUGGGGCCUGACCUGCAUGUAAAACCUGUCAGUGCAUAAGACACUACAGUAUGCAGAUGUGCAGGUGCCAGACUCAGCAAUGCAUGUGUGUCUGUGUGUAGAUAUCUGUGAUGUAGCAAGUGAUAGCCCAGAACAUUAGACUCCCGCUAUGAGUCUUAGAGCUACCACGCAUUACUCUGCUAAUUAUUGUUGUUGUUGUUAAGUGUGGCACUCUCUUGUCUUUCAAGCCAUCAAGCCAGGCAGAUAUUUGAAAAUAUUGGCAGGCCCUUCAGGGAGAAAAAAAAGGAGCCUUGCAUUUGACUGAGACCAAAGGAAAACUGGGAAGGACCAAGUGAUGUGUGAGCAUUGCUUCCUCUCAGUGCACUGUGCUUUUGGCUAGUUAACAUAUUCUACUCCUGUGACAUAGAUGAUUCUUCAUUACCCAAUAUUUUUGUUUUAUUUUACAGGAGAAACAAACAUUAUAGAAGUCUUGGAAGCAUCUUUUUCUAUGAAAAAUCUGCAAUGUACAACUUAAAAAUUAGAUUGAGCUUUCUUAGGUAGAUGCAGUAGGCAAGGUGUACUCUGAUUUUGAGAAUUUGUUAAGACAAGACAACAUUGUAGAGUGUACAGUUAAUGUAGAAGAUACUGUCUAAUUCCACCGAUUUCAGCUUUGGCUGAUUUGUAUUUACAAUGUAUGUAUGUAACAUCAUGAAGCUUCACAGGGUAUUCUCAGUCAUUAACAUGGAGCCGUGAUCAGGAAAGUGUAAUUAGUGUAACUGUUUCAAAUGAAUGUUGUGUAAAAGUAGAAAUGAAUGAUUAAAAUAUUUGAUGUAAAAUUCAAUAUACGGUGUGUAAAAUGUGAAAAAAAUAGAAUUUCACUAUGAAUGAUGUAUGGAAUUAUGUCUGAAAUAUGAAGAGCCUUUGUACCAAGAAUUUUGUAAUUAUUCUCAAUGUUUUGUUGUAAGCCAGUCAAAAGUAUAUCAGCUCCUGUGUUAAUUUGUGAAGAGCAGGCAGUGACAAUUUGUGCCAUGGUGUAGCUUACGAGACAAGCCACCCAGACCACCAACUGGAAGAUAAAACAAGUCUGUCACUUAAGAAGGAAAAGAAGAGAAAUAUAUAAUCAGGUACAUUGUACAUCAAAGGGUGAGAUCAAAAUAUAUACUUAUUAUUUUUAUAGAAUUACUCAUGACAGCUUGUUUGAAAACUAUUUUCCAGUGGGACUCUUCCACCGCUCUGCCAUGAUACCAACCCAGCAUCUAUGUAUUUACUCAAUGCAACAAGACAUCUGCAUCUUUUCAUAAUGUAGAUGUAAUUCUUUCUCUGGGAGUGCUGAAUUCUGCAAUUCAUUCGGCAGAAUCGGUGCUCUUGGGUAUGCUCACUCCUUGAGGUUUUCCUCCCCAGGACUCGUUGCUUUAUGCUGUACUUUUGUGGUUAACUCUAUAGAAGUUCUUAUGACAGUAACCAAGGAAAUCUUAGCUCACUGGAUAUGCUGUAACUACUAUUUAGUAAACCACAGAGGCACAGCCAGUAUAUCACUCCACAACCAUUCCUCUAUUUGUAAAUCAAACUCAUAUACAAACUGCAAGUUUUGUAACAAUAGUCAUGCAACAGUUCAAAUAUUCAUAUGUUAAUUUAUGUUUUCCAGUACAAAGUGAGUUUCCUCAUCUUCACCUUCCUUUUGCUCAUGUCAGGGAAAAAGAAUCAUAUAAGGGUAUUUGGGGGCGCAGGGCCACAUGAAUAUUCAGAAUUUUUUUUACAGCAGACAUAUGGCCAGUUGUCAUAAACGAUUAUUAACAGAGGAGGAAUAGUUAAUAAAAAAAAAAACGCCGAAUAAAUGAUAUGGUAUUUUUUAAGUUCUGAUUUUCUCAUUUUUAGCUUUCGAGGAAAAAUAAUUAUGUUCACCAUGUGAAUGUGAUCCUGUGGUCCCUAAUGGUAUUCAGCUAAGGUAAUUCAUGCAUUGAUAUUGUUCAGCAAGAUUAUGAUUCUCCAUACCUCAAAAUUAGGGAAAAAAAUCUUGUUGAAAGUUUGAAGUGAAUUGCCAAGUGUUGGUAAGAUUUGUAUAGGUGGAGGAGGUGCAAGGGCUGGUUUGGGUGGCCUCAGGUGUGUCGGCGCCCGGGUAUGACGAGAAGCGUCUGCCGCCACACUGCUCCUGCAGGUCAUGUGAUGGUAGGCUCUGUGAGUCUCUACCUCUGUACUCCUACACUGAAGAACUCCCCAAUGAACCAAUAAAGUUGGUUAAUUAU